GUUGGUUAAACACGUGCGAAUAGAUCUAUGUUAGUUUGGGCAGGCUACAAUAAUAAUGAAAGUUACAGACAAAAAAGUAAAAAUUAUGCCUACAAAUCCAGGUAACACAAAGCCAAAGCUUAAGCAGAAGAAAACUGCACGGUUGGCCAAAUCUAUGAAGUCCACACAGAUGGCGUCGGUCGACGAGGGUAAAAAAAAAGCGACAACUUCGAAGAAAAAGUCUCUGAAUAAAGCGGCGGCAAGCGUAAGCGAAGCUGUCAUAAAGAAUACCAAAAAAGAUAUAAAAACUAAAAUUGAAAAACCAAUACGGAAAUCCAAUAAGUCACACAAAAAUAAUUUGGCUGGAUUAAAGGAUCUAGAUCCCGAAUUCUAUGAUUUUCUCAAGAAGAAUGACAAAGAGCUGCUUGAAUUUAAUUUGCUUGAAAGUGAUGAUGAAGACGACGACAAUGAACACGCAGGCGGCGCUGUACAAGUUGAAAAUGAGGAUGAGGAAGAUGAUGGAAAAUAUCACGUGCCCAGUGAUAAUUUGGCAGUAGCCAGCGAUGAGAGCGAUUUCGAUGAUGACGCAAAUGAUGAUGAGACAGGUGACACCGGCUCGCAGAAGAUUACGCUGAACUUGCUGCGCCAAUGGGAGACACAGUUGUCCAAACCGAAUGUUUCAAUUGACAUUGUGCGCAAGGUUAUCGAUGCCUUUAAUUCGGCACUGGCGAGCAUAAGUGCGGAUGGUUUUGAUGGCGACGGACCUCAACGGGGCAAUCGGGCUGGCCAUAAAGUUGUAGGUGCCGCCACAUUUAAUGGAGUGAUCCAGCUGUGUGUGCUGCACUUGCAGCCAGCUAUUCUUAAUGUGCUAGGUGUUAAACCGAACAGUACAUUGCCGUUGCAUAAGUACAAGAAAUGGGUGAAGAUUCGCGGUUGUUUGCGGUAUUAUUUGACUGAUUUGAUUCGUCUGGUUGAGCAAGUCUCCAGUGCAAACAUUUUGAAUGUGCUGCUUAAGCAUCUGCAUCAAAUGGCCGGCAUGGUGGCACCUUUUAAUGCACUGGGCAAGACCAUCCUAAAGCGAUUGAUUGUGCUCUGGUCGACAGGUGAUGAAACGGUCCGCGUGCUCGCAUUCUUAUGCAUUCUCAAGAUUACACGGAAGCAACAGGUCACAAUGUUGAAUCAUGUGCUGAAGGCCAUGUAUCUGGCCUAUGUGCGGAAUUCGAAGUUCGUCUCGCCGAACACCUUGCCCGGCAUUAACUUUAUGCGUCGAUCACUGGUUGAAAUGUUUGCUCUGGAUUUGAAUGUAAGCUAUCAACACGCGUUUCUCUACAUCCGACAAUUGGCCAUCCAUUUAAGGAAUGCCGUUAUAUUGAAGAAGAAGGAUAGCUUCCAAGCGAUUUAUAAUUGGCAAUAUAUCAACUCAUUAUGUCUGUGGGCGGAUUUAUUGGGCGCUACAAGCAACAAGGCGCAAUUGCAACCACUAGUCUAUCCACUGGUCACUAUUACAACUGGUGUCAUACGCCUCAUACCGACUGCUCAGUACUUCCCAUUGCGUUUCCAUUGCCUGCAGGCGCUUAUUACAUUGGCCACUGAGACAAAUAUUUAUAUACCUGUGCUCCCAUUGAUUAUUGAAGUGCUGAAAAGUAACACAUUUAAUAAGAAGCAUACUGCUGUCUCAAUGCGUCCGGUGCAAUUCACCUGUAUAUUGCGAUUAAAUAAGGCACAGCUAUCCGAAAAUGGUUUUCGGGAUGAGGUCAUUGAUCAGGUGUGCACUUUGCUCCUUCAAUAUUUGGCACACGAGUCUGCAUCAUUGGCCUUUAGUGAUUUGGUGGUGCCCACAGUCGUGGCUAUCAAAGCUUAUCUUAAAGAGUGUCGCAAUCCGAACUACUCACGCAAGUUAAAGCAACUUCUGGACAAGAUUCAAGAGAAUGGACGCUUUAUCGAGCAGGAGCGUAGUAAGAGCAAUGUAACCAUCGAUUUGAAAGAUGCCAAAGCGGUGCAGGCUUGGGAACAACAGGUUCGCAAUAAGCGAACUCCUCUUGAUAUCUAUUAUGCGAGCUGGCAAAAAAUGCACGAAACCAAGAAACGUCGCCAGGCAGCACAAACUGACGACAUUAAUGAUGAUUGUGGUGUGCCCAAGCUGAAACGUCCCGCAAUGAACAAGAGUGCUCCCUUGCGCAAUGAGCGUGGAGAAGUUGAAUUGUUUCCCUCGGACUCUGAAGGAGAAAUAACAGCCGAUGAAACAGAACAAACGAAACCCCAACAGCAGAAGAAAAAGACCGAAAAGCCGGAGAAAAAGAAGAAGGAAAGCAAGAAUGUGCUCUCCGCUGUGGAGCCAGAAGAUGAUUUGGACGAUUCUGGCGCUGCUGUGGACAUAGUUAAAGAUUUAGAUAUGAAUGAAUGGUAAAUGAAAUACCGAAAAUUAAUAAC